AUGAUGGUUCCUUCUCAUUUCCAAGUCGCUCUCCACUUCCUUCUUCUCUUUCUAUCCUUGAACGCAAAUGCCUUUCUGUCCCAUGAAACAUCACGACCAACAAGAUCGAUAUCAUCCAUCACCACGACCCAUCAUCCUAAUAGUCUCACCAUCACUGCAUUGAACCUUCAAAGGUCAACGGUACGAGAGGCCAUUGACUGGUUUCAACAAGAACCAUUGGAAACGCUGUUACCCAAAGCCGAUGCACUGCAAAUAUUGGAUGAACUAGUGUGUAAUGAAACUUUGAUUGAUGACAGUGAAGCGCUGGUGGAAAAAAAUUGGGCCAAGAUUGAAUCCCGAAUUCAAGAUGAAAAUCGAUCGCCCAAGGAACUCCUUGGAGAAGAAACCUGUGAUCGCUUGCUGAAGUCAGUUGCCAAUGCUGAUAUAUAUGACAACGAAGCCGUCCGUGCCUUUUUGAGCAGUGAUGCAAUUAACACUUUGUUUGCCAAGAUUCUAUACGACGGUAUCUAUGAAUUCUUUCAGACGAUUGAUGUCUUUGGCAAUCUGAUUUCCAAUUUGCCCAUUAUUGGUCCCAUUCGCAAUCAAAUCCGCGACGAAACCAAGCGAAAUUUGGACCGUACUCUUGGUCCACUAGUCCAAGGCUUUCUUCGGAGCUACACCAAGGUUGCGGUCUUGCAGGCUAGUGAUUUCAUCAUGUCUCCGAGCAAUAAGAAAUCCUUUGGAAAUGCCAAUGUGCGUCUGGUAUCGAGUAUCUUGGAUCGUCCCAUUAGUUCGCUAUUGCCUCCACCCGAAAUGGCAGCAGGGCUACGAAAGGAUCUCUUUGAUUACGUCCGAACUGUCAAGGUGGAAGAUCUGGAACAAUAUGCCGAUUUUGUCUAUGAUUAUUUGGGGGACAAGAGUUUGAAUCGUUUGGUCAAUGUCAAUCGGAUCUUGGAUUCCUCGCCUACCCUUGACGCUACAGUGGAACGAGUUGUUCGCCGGGCAUUUGUAAAUGCACUUACGGAAGAGUCGUCAUGA